AUGACGAAACCUCCGACGACGAUGUUCACCGUCUUCCUCAUCCUACUCUCACUUCUCACCUCUCCAUCCAUGGCGGAAAUUAAAUCGUUAAAGAUACAAUCAGAUUAUCGUCCAAUGAUCCUCUUCGAGAAAUUCGGAUUCACACGCACCGGUGUCGCCUCCGUCGCCAUUUCAUCCGUCUCCGUCACCUCCGCCCUCUCAGAAAUCGAUCCCUCCCACCUCGGUUUCUUCCUCCUCACCGAAGAAUCCUUAAUUCAAGUCCUCAUCGAAUACCAGCAAAACCCUAAUUUCUGCGUCGUCGAUUCCAAAUUCAUUUCGUUACUCUUCACAUUCCGCGAGCUUUCCCCUCCACCUGAUUCAUCCUUCAACAAAUCGUAUCCGAUCAAGUAUCCCAAUGAAUACUCCCUCUUCUUCGCCAAUUGCAACCCUGAUUCGCUCGUCACCAUGGAUGUCAGAACCGAGCUUUACAACACCGAUGGCAACAAAAGAGAUUACUUAUCCGCUGGAUUAAGUCAGCUUCCGUUUCUCUACUUCAUCUUCUCCCUCUCCUAUUUGUGUUUUCUAGGGUUUUGGAUCGUCGAAUGCGUCAAACACAAGCUAUCUGUUCAUCGAAUUCAUCUAUUAAUGGGGGUUUUACUCGUCAUGAAAGCCCUAAAUCUGAUAUGUGCAGCAGAGGAUAAACAUUAUGUGAAGGUUACAGGUACUCCCCAUGGAUGGGACGUGUUGUUUUACAUCUUUCAAUUCAUUAGGGUUGUCCUUUUGUUCACUGUGAUCAUAUUAAUCGGCACUGGAUGGUCAUUUCUGAAACCAUUUCUGCAAGAAAAAGAGAAGAAGAUUUUGAUAAUUGUGAUCCCACUUCAGGUUUUGGCCAACAUAGCUUCCAUUGUCAUCGGCGAAACCGGCCCGUUUAUCAAAGAUUGGGUAACUUGGAAUCAAGUGUUCUUGUUAGUCGAUAUCAUCUGUUGUUGUGCGAUUAUCUUCCCGAUCAUAUGGUCGAUUAGGUCAUUGAGGGAGACCUCCAAGACCGACGGGAAGGCCGCUAGAACCUUGGCGAAAUUGACCCUUUUUCGACAGUUCUAUGUUCUGGUAAUCGGGUAUUUGUAUUUCACAAGAAUCAUUGUUUUCGCUCUGAAGACAAUUGCGGCUUAUAACUACCAAUGGGUGGCAAACGCAGCGGAGGAAUUAGCGAGUGUCGUGUUCUAUAUGGUGAUGUUUUAUAUGUUUAGGCCGAUGGAGACGAACGAGUACUUCAUUAUUGAUGAUCAAGAAGAGGCUGCUGCAGAGGUGGCUCUUAAGGAGGAGUUUGAACUUUGAUCAGCUUCAAGA